ACACCAUCAUUGCAACGACUCUGACGCCAGUGCUUCGUGAAAGCGCCCAUUCGCCUACAUUCUCUGAGUACAAUAAAAUGUCAUGUGCACGGCCACCAAAUUUUCUUUUGCGUAAACAAAAGUCACUGGUUUGUGAGUCAGUGUGUCAAACGACGACGAUCUGCGCUCGCGAACGUCGACUUCGUUUGCAAAAGCAAUAUUCGGUCGAUCACGGUCGCGACAUUUCUGCCCAUCGAUCAGCGAACAACAACAGCAACAACGGUCAGAUUCAGCAGAAGAAUGGGAAUUUGGUCACUAACUCAUGGGGCUGUAAUAAUCCAUCACCCGAAGCUAGCCUGCGUAUUUUUACCGCCAUCAAAAAUAAGACACAAUCUCAUGAAGGCGACUCGAAUGAGGAAGUGCAAAAAAGCUCGGAAAAUAUUCCGUUGCCGAAUAAAUCGCGUAAGAAGAACGAGGAGAAAAUAAACCUAAAUAUCUUUCUCGCUCAUGUACCCGAGCUGGAUUUGGGUAGUGAUUUGGAAAGCAAUAUCCGACAAACGAAUGGAAAACCGGAAAAUGCAGGUGAUCGAAGUGAUACGAAUAGGUCGAUGGCGAAUCGGCUGACGGUGGAAACACGGCGGAGUCAAUUUCGUCAGAAAAGUGUAUCUCUAAAUGAAACUCGACCACGAUUGAUUCGUGCAAUGUCGGCACCAAUCCGUCCAAAUCCGCCACCAGAAGCACAAGAUAAGGUCAUUGCAACAAAUGCGAACGGUCAAAUGCAAAGUGGGUCUAAAAGGCGAUUGCGGCGUAAAAAAAUCGCACCAAUCGAAAUUGAUUCGUUUAGCUUGAAAAUAGCGCAAUCACAACCGUAUGCGAGUAAAUUGGUGUCGCAGCGAACAUUUGAUGAGCAGCGCCCAUCAACCGCCAAGGCAAUAAAUAUCCAUCCACUGAAAUCAUCGGCCAAACCACCCAAACCAAUUCUACAGCCUCGCAAUAAAUCAGCGAUGCACGGAUGUGAAAUCGUCACUCUCGUGUCGUUGCUGAGUCCCGGUGCAAGUGACUCAGAAAAGGAGGAUUAUUCCAAUGGCGGCAAUGAUAGCCCAAACGAAAAAAGUACUCCAUCGCUGCGAAAAGUGGGAAAAUCGGUUUCGUUUCAGGAUGACGAUAGCCUGUGCGAUGAUGAUCCGGUGAUUGAUUUACCCUCCGUACUACGACGAGCAUCUCUUGCACCAUUGGCUGCUAAAAUUAGAUUAAAUCGUCCUCCAACCGCACCGCCCGGUUCAAUAUUCCACAAAUCCAUUGCAAUCAGUGAGAACUCCGCCAUGAGUGGUGACAACAAAGUGGCUGCUGGCGGUGCUACCGAAACGAGUGAGUCCAAGGUACAUACAAUUUUGCCAUUUGGUCAUCCAAAUGGUGGCGAAAUAUCCAAAGUCCCCAUUGAUAUUGUGAAUGCAACGGUUCCAAUGCGUAAACCAUCCAUCGAUAUAUUGGAUCCAACCACCAUUUAUCCCGAGUACGUGCGUAGCAUUAAAGAGAAAGAGUGCUGGUUACUGUUUCAAAAAAUGGUGAAAAAAGGAAUUGCCGUAAGCUACGAGACAAUUUUACGUGGCAUGCUCACACCGUCCGAAGUUCGUGCCGUCGAAAAAAAGCAAAAAGAAAUUGUCGAACGACAAGCUAGUAUCGAUUUGGAAGCAGCGGCAGCAGCUUUGGCACCUGCCGAUUGUGAUAAUAACAAGAAAUAAUUUGGAUUGUGUGUAAGAAUUUGUUUGUUUGAUUUGUUGAAAGUUCAUUGUUAUUAUUAGAAAAAUCAAUUUAUUUACAAUUGAAUAAAAAGUCUAUUCUUGAAUAUUGUUUGCUCCCCAGUUCAUGCUCUUUUUGGGAAAUAUUUUUCUGCAUUUUAUUUCUUUGUUAAAUGCGUUUUCGAAAUUCGCGUUCAAUCAAACAACUAUUUUUUUUCCUUCUGU